ACACUCUUUAAAUAUGAGGGUCAGUUUGAAAGAUAAACACCAGCAGGCUGUAUCUACACAACAUCCCAAGUGAAAACUUUGUUUACUCUUGAAAUGUCCUCGUUUUCCAGUCAGUCCAACCAAAAUAACGAAGAAAUGGAUAUCAAUUCAACAAGCUUGAUCCCUCUUCAUCAGACUAGCACCAGAAAAAGAUUGGACAAUAAGCGGGAGACAAUCUGCAUUUUUGGCACUGGCGAUUUUGGAAGAUCCUUGGGCAUGAGACUGCUCAAGUCAGGUUACCCAGUGGUAUAUGGUAGCCGAGACCCAAAGAACACUACCCUGCUGCCAAGUGGAGCACAAGUGUUUAGCCAUGUGGAGGCCCUGAAUACAUCCAAGAUCAUUUUCUUGGCAGUUCACAGGGAAAACUAUGAGUUUAUUUCAGCCCUGUCUGACCAGCUGGAUGGAAAGGUGCUGGUGGAUGUGAGCAACAACCUCAAAAUGAAUCAAUAUCCUGAAUCCAAUGCACAGUAUCUCUCCCAGUUGGCUCCCAAAGCAAAUGUGGUGAAGGGAUUCAACACAGUUUCAGCCUGGGCUCUGCAGUCUGGGAGCAUGGAUGCCAGCAGCCAGGUUUUUGUUUGUGGGAAUGACAAUCGUUCUAAGCAAUUGGUGAUGGACGUUGCCAGGAGCAUAGGCCUCACUCCUCUAGACCAGGGAUCCCUUCUAGCAGCUGAAGAACUGGAGAACUACCCUCUUCAGCUCUUUCCAAUGUGGAGACUACCCCUUUAUAUAACAGCUGGCCUCACAGUAUUCUUCUUCUUGUACUACGUGGUGCUUAAAGUGAUCUAUUCUUAUGUGGUUAAGAACACUGAUCAGACCUAUCUGAUAAUGAUUUCCAUACCAAAUCAUAUUUUUCCAAUUGUCUCUCUCAUUCUGCUUGGUUUGGUUUAUCUGCCGGGUGUCAUUGCUGCAUUCCUUCAACUCUACAGAGGGACAAAAUACAAGCGAUUCCCUGACUGGCUGGACAGGUGGAUGUUGUGUCGAAAGCAGCUUGGGCUUGUAUCAUUUGCCUAUGGCUUCCUUCAUGUUUUCUACUCACUGGUCAAGCCACUCAGAUAUGCAUCUUAUUGGAGCCAGGUUAAUUAUAUUGUAUACCAGGUGCAAAAGAACACAACCUCAGAACUGAAGAUGGAAUGGGCAUGGCGUGGUGAUUUGUUCUAUGCAUUUGGAAUUUUAGGCUUUUUUGUCUUCUGCUUACUUGGAGUAACAUCCCUCCCAUCUGUCAGCAAUACAAUGAACUGGCAAGAAUUCAGAUUUGUUCAGUCAAAGUUGGGUCACGUCACACUGCUUCUGUGCACGGCUCACGCUGCUGUACUUGGAUGGAAUCGGUUUCUAAGAUCUACAAUGUAUAAAUGGGGUCUUCCACCAGGGUACAUGCUGUCGAUGGUGAUUCCCUGCAUUGUACUGAUUCUAAAGCUGAUUCUCAUAACUCCAUGUGUGGAUAGAACGAUCACAAGUAUCCGUCAGGGUUGGGAAAGGAGAAGAAAUGACUCAGGCAACCUAAAAGUUUGACCAAAAAGUAUUCUGCCUGAAUAAUACUGCCUUGAAAGUUUAUAUUUAGCCUAUUCCAAAUAAGAAUAGUGGAAAAAUGUUGGACACUGCAAAAAUCCAUGUUUCUUAAAUAUUCUAAUUCCUGACUAAUUCUAGAGAAUAAGUUAUCCUAUUAAAACCCAAUACCCUCUCUCCCCCCUCACAUUCCCUCUAUUCUGUUACUAACAUUUCCAUUGAUCUAACAGUGAUCUAUAUAAUUAUUAUCUCGCUUCAACUGAACUGAAAUUAUAGAAAACAUAAUAAAUGAUGUUUGUGUUGAUAUAUCUACUCAUCUCUGAAAUAUUUCCAAAAUAGUUUGUUUAACCGUUACUGACAAUAUAAGAGUGACAAUAACAGUUCAGCAUUUGAAAACACUGCUAAGGAGCAUCAGGAGAGAUUGGAGACCAGUCUAAUACCAUCUGUUCUACACUAACGUAAUCUCCCAAGUGAUUACAACAGAAAAUUAUUUGUUCUCUUGCAUGUGCUUUAGAUCUCAAUACCAUUUUGAUGUUGAUAUGCUCAGCAUCUGCAAUGCACAAGACCCAUUAAGCCUGCACAUGCAUUGAUCAAACUAGCAGUGCCUAAUACUAGAAAUGCCUUUGAAAUUCCUAAACGUGGGAGGUUUUAAGGCUCCCCCAUUGGCCCCAGAGGAAGCACCAUGCUUCCUGCCUGAACUUCCACAACAACCCCCAGGCCCACUAAUUCUCACCACAAAUUCCUUUGCCUGAAUUUCUUGCUAAAGUGAAAAUUGGGCCUGCGGAAACUGCUGGAUUUCCUUAACUCCACAAAGCACCCCACCUCUGUCAGUAAGUGCAGGUUAAAGGCAGCUUGCUGAUAAUGUUCUAAUACAUCAUACCCUUUAAAGUAACUUGGGUCUUCAUGAAAUCUGAUCAGAUGGGUUGUGGGAGAUCAACCUGUCAGCUAUCCACUACUCAACAUACAAAUAAAUUGAUUAAAUAUUGAACUGUGGUCAUGGAUGUCAUUUUUGUUGAGCUUCAGUGGUAUUGCAGUGACAUUGUUAUUGAGACAGAUCUUUAUUUUAGAUUUAGUACAACGCAGUCUUUAAAAUUAUAUUCAAUCAAAUACAUAUAAACAUUGUAUGCCAAAAGUUAAAAGGUGUGUUGAUUUAUAAUGUCAUCACACAAAAAUGAGAUGAAAAUUACUGAAUCUAUUUCCUGAACCUUAUGCAGUGAACCUUUCAUUGUUUUUGUACAAAUCUAACAUUGUAAUUCAAUGCUGUAUCUCUGAGUCAUAGGAAGCAGUUGCAAGUCUCCAAUGAAUGUCACCUUUGAGCUGUGCAAUACAGGAGCAUAAAUGAUCAAAAGUCAUAAUCAA